AGAAAAGUUGUGCAAGAAGCCAAACGCAUUUGGGUGCACAGAGGAAUUCUCUGAUAUGUUCAAGAUGCUCAUGGAAGAGCACAAUUUACAAAUGCCGAAUGAUGUCGUUGAAGCUGAAGAUUUGAAUUUAUAGACACACUGGAUUUUGAAACAAUCAAAAGCCUAUGUGUAAAAAGCCUGCAAAGAUGAGUUGGAAGCAUGGACUUCAUUGACUCCCUUCUGGUCAUGGAGGAUGAUGACAAUGACAGAGAGGAGGAAAAUUUUGGCCUUGCAAUGGAACCAAUGGAUGUCGCAGGGCCAAGCACUCACCCACAGGGCCCCACUGCUGUUGGCAUUACACCAGCACCAAGACCACCAGGGGAACCACUACCAGACUGGUGCAAAUGUGGUAAUUGCCGUGAAAUGCCACAGCAAAUUGAAAAUGUUUGCUGUGGUAAAAGAAAUUGUGAGUCCACGAAAGCAAGGUUUGGCAAGCUCUGCCUGGAUGUAGAGGUAUUAUCGCUUGGUAUCAGGUCAUCAGCAGAUAUUAGGAAUGAUCGGCACGACAGCAGUGCAAGGGCGUUUCGAAAGGCAGGCUACAGGAACUACAUCCUUGACAAGCAUGGGUACCUUGGCAAGGGAAGAAGAAGAGUGCCCCCCUCGUGCAUUGUAUGGCAAAUAAGACAUCAUUAUCCUACUAAAACUGGGAUCUACAUGGGGUUCAGAGAGAACUAGAGAGGUUUAGCAUAAACGUCCCUUUUUGAUAAACCAGAUAAACAGAUGUCAGUG